UAUAGCACCGGAAUCUCCUUGCACUUCUUCCUCUUAGGAUGAACUGCCGCAGUUUACUAAUUCUGUGUUGAUAAGCUUUUUGUUGAAUCAAUAAUUACCCGCUGCCAAGGUGACAAUUUAAUAGGUGUUGAAACACCUCACUUCACGGGGUCACACGCAAGGCACCCAAUUUAAAUGCCAUCAAACAACUUUGCAGAUUUGCCUUAAAAAUGGCGAACUUUUUGGAGCAGUUGCCCAAGCAUCUGCAGGAGAUUGCAGAGCGGGUCAAUGUGCUGACGCCCGAGGCAAUAUUAACAACGCCUCGCAUUAGGUUUAUGGACACCCGUACUUGUGACUUGGACUCUUGUGUUCAUAGCUGCACUCCGGAGGAUGUGCGCAUUCUGAAGGAGGCAGCUGCCAAAUGGCUGGCUGAAACGCCCGUGUCAGCGGACUCGCUAUUUAAAAUACCCGCUCGAUUGAAGUGGUCCCGUGUGACCUUUGGCUGUUCUGCACUUGAUCAGUGCACAGGCGGCGGAGUUUCGAUUCGUGGCAUAACUGAGAUCUGUGGCAACUCGGGCGUGGGUAAAUCUCAGGUACUGUUACAGUUGUCGCUAAGCGUGCAGCUGCCUGCGACGCUUGGCGGCUUGGGCAAAGGCGUGGCAUUCAUCUGCACCGAGGAUGCGUUUCCGUCACGCCGUCUACUGCAAAUCAGUAAAGCAUUUGAGGCUCGCUAUCCGUCAGAGAAGCUGAACUUUUUGGGCAACAUCUUUAUCGAGCAUCAGUACGAAAGCCAACCACUUCUCGAUUGCAUCAGCAAUCGCCUGCCACAACUAUUGCAGGAGCACAGCAUUGGCCUGAUCGUAAUUGACUCUGUGGCUGCCAUCUUUCGCUUGUACACCGACUUCGAUAAGCGUGCCCGGGAUAUGCGGCGGAUGGUGCACGCGUUGCUCAGCUAUGCGGAUAAGUACGACUGUGCCGUGGUGUGCUCCAACCAAAUGACUGCCACUGAAGAGACGGAUGAGACGCGCAUGGAGGAUGUGCCUUGUCUGGGCUUGCAAUGGGCCAAUCUGAGCCGCACCCGCAUGCGCAUCUCCAAGGUGCCCAAGCAGUACAAGCAGGGGGAUCAGCUGCUAACCGUGCGAAAGUUAGAGAUCGUCUACUCGCCGGAAACACCAAAUGCAUUUACCGAGUUCUUGAUUACCGCCGAGGGCGUGGUCAAUGUGCCAAAGCCAUUGCGGCCAACGGCCAUAAAAAGAAAAUUGAUUUAAUUUGCUGAAUUGUUUAUUUUAUUCUUUGAAUUUAAAAUUUGUAACGGCUGAUGAUGCGCUCGUCAUAG